AUGGAUGGUAUAUCCAACCUUCCGGUAAACGGGUGCCAAAACUACGAUCUUUCUGAACCGACCGAGAAACUACAGGCUGUUUUUACCUCCCCUUGGAAUGGAAUGAUGUUAGAUAAUGCUGCUAGUUAUGACCUUAAUAGUGUGCAACACCAUCUUAGAGAAACCGAUCCCCCCAUACCAUCGAUAGGUCAGGUGAAAAAAGCCCUUAAUACAUUAAAGGUGAAGAAGGCGACUGGCAUUGAUGGAAUCCCUGCGUGGUUCCUAAAGCAGUAUAGUGAAGACUUAGCUCCCGUAGCACAUAACAUCAUCACGAGCAGUAUAAUUCAAUGUAAAUACCCCACCUUGUACAAACAAGCUCUAAUAACCCCUGUGCCUAAAACUACUCCACCAAAAAAUAUUGAAACUGAUUUUCGUCAAAUUUCUGUGCUUCCACAGAUAGCUAAAGUGCUGGAAAAGAUUCAAUUGCAACUAAAUUGUGCAGACCUAACAUUAAAAAACAACCAACAUGCAUUUCUCAAGGGCCGUUCUACAACCUCAGUAUUGACUGAAAUGUCCCAAAAUAGUUUGACGAAACCGAAAACACUGCGCACGGCAGAAAAGGCAUCCAUGCCAUUUUCAUUGACUUUAGCAAAGCGUUUGAUUUGGUGGACCAUCGAAUCCUCCUUUCUAAAUUGGCCUCUAUGA